CGUUAUUGAAAAACGUAAGAAAAUUAAAAACUUAACGUGAGCCGCUUUUCCGGCGCAAAAACGCGUCGCAGACGGGAUUCUUUUGACAGAAGCACGGCUUGCUCCAGCUUGACCUACCCGAACCUCUAUAUCUCGUACAAGAACUGUUCGUACCUCUUCGUCACCAAUGUAAUCCGGAUCAAGUGCAUCAAGAGCAGCAGAUCCCGCUGCAAGAGAGGUAAAUCACAGUAGGAGCCUCACCACCACAUCACCAACCCCUCGCAUCUCGUCGUUAACAACAUCUUCUCGGCUUAACUGGCAAGGCCGAAAAAUAAGGAAUGGAUUUGGACAGCAUUUGGCAUGAUUUGGGCCAAUAUGGCAAAUACCAAUUCAUCAACAACAUCUUACUCGGACUUGCCAUCUGCUUUUCGGCCACCUCCUCUAUGAGCUACGUUUUUACCGCUGGAGACCUCGACUACAGGUGCCGGAUUCCGGACUGCGACAAUGUUGAAGGGAGGCUGGAAUUCCUACCGCAGUGGCUACGAUUCGCAGUACCGUUCAAGUCGGAGGCGGAGGAGGUGCCAUCCAAAUGCGACCGAUUCACGACUGCGCCCGACUUCCAGGACGAUCUCAACGUCAUCGACGCUUGCCCAUCGGCUCGAUUCAGAGCCAAUGAGACUGAGCGCUGCUCCCACUGGGUCUUCAAAGACACAGAGAACACCAUAUUAAAAGAGUUUGAUUUGAUGUGCGACAACAACAGAUGGAAACUGACACUCGUAGGAACAGUGAACAACAUUGGGCAGUUUGUCGGUCUCCCAAUAGGCGGAAUGAUAUCGGACGCGUACGGUAGGAGAUUCCUUAUGGUGACGGGAACUCUUUUAUCGGCCAUGUUUGGAAUUAUGCGCGCUUUUUCAACGAACUACAUAAUGUUUCUAGUCUUUGAAUUCCUAGACGCUGUGGCUUCAACAGGCGUCUUCGGGGCAGUAUUUAUAAUUGGCUUGGAGUUGGUUGGUCCGAGUAAACGCGUCCUAAGUUCAACCAUUCUGAGUUGCUUUUUCCCUAUCGGCGAGGUGCUUAUGGGUUUGGUGAUGUGGUGGCUACAAGACUGGCGAUCAUUUUUAUUGGCAGUCUACUUGCCAGGACUGUUCUUCGUAUCAUAUUUUUGGAUUACACCGGAGUCUAUUCGAUGGUUAGCAAUGAAAAAUCGCUAUAAAGAAGUUGUAUCUAUUAUUCGAAGCAUUGAAAUAGCUAAUGAUAAAAAAUUGUCGGAAAACUUAGAAAAUAAGUUGGACUUACUACCACUAGAUAAUCGCACUAUUCCUGAUAUCACUGAAAUUAAAAUUAUAGAUGAGAAAAUCGUGGAGAAGAAACAAGAAAGUGGACUAGAAUCGAAAAAGGAAGUAGACAGCACUAGCUCAUCAAGCUCCAGCUCUGCAUUCAGCAAAAUCUUCCAGUCCAGAGCCAUCAUGCUCAGAGUCCUGAACUGUUCCUUCUGCUGGAUGACAAAUACUUUCGUUUUUUAUGGUCUCUCUCUAAAUGCCACGGACAUUGCCGGGAACAAAUACCUGAACUACAUCGCCGUGAGCUGUGCUGAGCUUCCUGCUUUCAUAGGCACUUACUUUCUCAUGGAUAGGGUGGGCAGAAGGCCUGCCCAGAGUCUAAGUCUCUCUGUUUGUGGUCUCGUCUGCAUUGCAUUUGCUUUCGUCCCAGCAGAGAUGGUAAUUGUUCGUAUGAGUUUAUUCCUGAUUGGGAAACUUAUGAUAACCAUGUCGUUCACUAUAAUCUACGUUUUCACGAUAGAGAUGUUCCCAACGGAACUGCGACACUCUUUGCUCGGCACCUGUUCCAUGCUCGGCAGAUUUGGAUCCAUGAUUGCUCCUCAAACACCGCUCCUCGCAACAUAUUUUGGAACGUACGUGCCUGUUCUACUAUUUGGCGCAGUCUCGCUAACGUCAGGCGCCCUUGCUAUGCUCUUCCCGGAAACCCUGAACCAGAAAUUGCCGGACACCGUGGAAGAUGCUAAAAACAUGGACAAGAAAUGAUGAAACAAAGAAGGGUGGUUUGUUCUACUUCUGCGGGCGGAGGUCUGACAAAAGUAUCCUGUGAUUGAGUCACCCGGUACGCCUGUCGCGUCGUGAAGAAAAGUAACAUCCAUGCAUGAUUGCAUGAGGCGUGCUUUAUUAAUACCUCUCAGAUUACAAA